UUAAUAUUAAUAUUAUCAAGGAAUUCUACCCUACUUGAAGAGAUUAACUAAUCUACCAGAGACAAAUUUGCUAAAUCUGUUUGGUUGGAUGGUAGCCAUUAAUCCACUUGGACAGCUCAUUUUUUCUCCUAUUUUUGGUUGGCUCGGGAAUAGGUUUGGUUCAAUACGACUUAUAUGUCUGAUAUCAUGUAUUGCAUAUGUUAUAGGGAACGUUAUGUACUCGUGCUUGUCUUUAUUUCCUCAUGAUCCUGAUGAAGAUGUGGAGACUAGAGGUAGAUACCGAUAUAUUGCUAUGUUCCUGGCUAGACUACUGGUUGGGAUUAGUUCUGCAAAUCAAGCUCCUAUCAGAUCCUACGUAGCUAGUGCUACCUGGAAACAUGAACGAAAUAUGCAUAUCUCCAUCCUCAGUUUGUUCCAGGCUCUCGGAUUUAUGAUAGGGCCCGCUAUACAGUCCGCCCUUGUACCUGUAGGAUGCUCUCAUGAUUACCCUACUGGAGAAAUACAGUUUGAUAUGUACACUAUAUCCGGCUGGUUGAGUGCUGGUGUUGGAAUCAUUAGUUUUAUUCUGUUUCUGCCUGGAAUAUUUUCGGAGCACUAUAUAUCUAAAAUAGAAGCAGAGAGGAUUAAAACAAACGAUAAUGAGAAAAUAGAACUGGGAAGACCAGACCUGUUUGCUGUUACCUCCUGUGCUGUUUCAUUCUUUGUAUUUCUUUUCAAUUUUAUCCUUCUGGAAACCAUUGGAACCCCGCUCUGCAUGGACCAGCUGGGCUGGGACGAAGGAAAAAGUAUCACAAACCUUGGAAUCCUGAUGUCAGUGGGAGCUGUUAUAUCAAUGUUUGCAUACGCUUCUGUUGCGCCACUUACAAGGCUUAUGGAUGAAAGAUUGGUUUACAUUGGUCUUGGUUUGAUCCCUAUGCUGUUAGGGCGGAUUGUAAUGCUACCGAUGGGUAAAGAUUUUCCUCCUCUAAAACCAGAUGAAGGAGGAGAAGGAGGGGAUGGGGAUGGGGAUGGACUACAUCUCUACUAUCAAAUGUUUACACGAACUCAGGACUCAUGUCAAGACGAAUCAGGGACGGGGGGUUGUGAUCUAGAAUGGUGUAAAACUACCCCUGCCAUAACAGAAGUCCAGUUCUAUUUGGGGUACAUAAUCUCAGCCAUUAGUUUCCCGUACUGCAUGGCAAUUUGUCAAGCACUUUUUAGUAAGCUGAUUGGGCCCCGACCACAGGGCGUCUGGAUGGGUCUUUUUACAUCAGUUGGAAGCUUAGCACGAAUCUGCGGUCCAAUAUUCGUCUCAAAGAUUUAUCAAAGCUACGGGACUUACUGGACUUUUGGACUUUGCAUUCUUUCUUUAGUAAUAUCCCUGGUAGUUAGUGGGUUGACCUACAAGCGAUUAAUCCCAAUAGAAGAUCGUUUACUCCCUAGAAUAGAGAUCACUGACGAUCAAGAUCAAGGAACUGGCGACACUGAUGAGGGAAAUUAUACAAGUUUUUAAUAAAAAAUUAACGGAUUUUUUUAUAAUGUAUCAAUAAACUAUAAAUAGAAUCA